GAUAUCGUUGAAAGCUCGAAGCUUUUAGUUCUGCCCUAAUCAGAGUUCCUUCUCCCGGCGGCGACGUAGCUUCGCUCUGUUCGUUCUUCUGCUGCGCAAACUGCGGCUCAUCGGCGUCGAUUCGUACUCCUCUGUUAGAAGGUCAGCCUUCCCUUCUCUAAAUCCCUUAUCGAAAAUUUCGAACCUGUCCAUUCAUGUUCGCCCUCAGGUAAGUGGAGAAGAUCACGAUUAGCUUUAAAAAGGAAAAUGAUGAGUGAUGAAGAGGAAGGAAUAGGAGAAAGUAAUCCAUAUGACAGUGAAAAAAAAUUGAGAGAUGAAGCUUGCCAACAAAUUCUUAGAUUUUUUCGCACAAGUGGCAUUCCCUUUAGUUGUGCAAAAAAUCCAGAGCUUACAAAAAUGUUUGAAUUGGUUGGGAAAUGUGGUUCGGAAUUUGUAUCUCCCUCCUAUCAAAAGCGUGGAAAUUCUUCUCUAAAAAAAGAAAUGAAGAAUACAAUUGAUAUGCUUGAGUACAAAUAUGAUUGGAAGAAACCAGGUUGUUCAAUUAUAUGUGAUGAAUGGAAAAAUUCAAAGGGAAGUUUUUUUUGUAAUUUUUUGGUGAAUAGUCCAGAAGUUACUAUUUUUAUGAAAUCUAUUGAUAUAUCUGGCUUUUCUGAAACAACUGUAAAAGUUUUUGAAGUGUUGGAUGAAAUUGUUGAAGUGGUUGGAGAGGAGAAUGUUUUUCAAGUGAUAACUAAUAAUGAUGCAAAUUAUAAGGUUGCUGGGAAAUUGUUGAUAGAAAAAAGAAAAAGGAUUUUUUGGAGUCCUUGUGUCGUCCAAUUGUUAGAUGGAAUUUUGGAAGACUUUGAGAAUAACUUGUCACAUCAUCAUAUAACUAUUGUUAAAGGUAAAAAGAUUAGUACAUUUAUUUAUUCGAGAACCAUAGUUGUUUCAAUGUUAAGAGAUUUCACUAAAGGCAAGGAUUGGAAUGUACCAACUAUUACUCCAUCUGCUACUUCAUAUUUGACUUUGUUAUAUCUCUUUGAUGUGAGAGACACACUUAUAGCAAUAUUUUCAUCGGAGCAAUGGAAAUUAAAUGAAUUGGCAAAGACAAAAGAGGGAGAAGAAAUACAGCAAAUAGUUCAAGAUUGUGGAUUUUGGCGUGAUAUAGUCUAUUGUCUGAUCUGUGCUCUUCCUAUCAUUGAUGUACUUCUGAAGAUAUAUUAUGAUGAUAAACCAACCAUGGGAUUCAUUUAUAAAGAGAUGAAUCGUGCAGAAGAGAGUCUUCAAUCACUAAAUAAUUUAAAAGGGUAUGAGACUGUUUGUAAAAUACUUGAAGAGAGAUGGAAUCCACUACUUCAUCCACAGUAUAUAGCGAGUCAUCUUUUGAACCCUCGAUUGCCCUACGUUUCCAUUUCCAAGUAUCCUUCUGAAUCUAAUGAGGGACCUUAUGCUUGGUUAGCAAAAUUGAUAAUUGACUACGAUGAUGAUCUAAGUAUGACGGCAGAAAAUCUGAAAGAGAUAGAGCAUCAAAUUGUUGAUUUUUCAACUUCUAAGGGAUUAUUUGGAAGUGCAAAUGCAAUAACAAUGAGACAUAUACUUCAUCCAGCUAAGUGGUGGGAUUUAUUUGGAAAGCAUUGUCCUGUGUUGCAAAGGAUGGCGAUUCGCUUAUUAAAUUUGACUAGUAGCUCUUGUGGAAGCGGACAGACUUGGAAUGCAUAUGAGCAGGUUUACCCAGAGAAAAGAUGUCCCUUGUCUCAGAAGAAGCAGGCUGAUUUGUUCCGUGCCAUUCUAAAUUUUAAAUCAAGCAUUGAACGAGCUAGAACAAAAAAUGUUGAAAGCAUUAAUCCUCAAGUGUUGUCCUCAGAUAACGAAUUGAUUAACUCAAAAGGAUAAGGAAGUUGGUGAAGUAAGUGGAGCAAAGAAGGAUAUGCAAGUGUUUCGUACUUUGGGAGGAGACAGACGGUGCCCUGGGCAACUGCCUCUAGCAAGGAAACCUGAUUGUGCCGUGCCAACCGACAAGGCAUCCGUUGGAGCGUUUUCUGUUGGACACCAAACAAUCUGUAGCCGGAGAUUUACAGGAAAUUAGCUGAAUCUAAAUACUCGAAUUAAAUUUAA